ACAAGCAUUUCUCAUCUCCAAAGCAAAAACCCCUUUUUCAUUCUUGUGCUACUUUUUCUAACACUCGAGGGAUUUUUGCUCUUUGCCUAAAGAUCAUGGCUAAGUUCUUUGCGCUUGUAUUUGUUGCACUUCUCGCCAUUUCCAUGCUGCAGAUACCCGUGACCGCCAUGGCAUCUGAGGAGAGCUAUCUGUCAAACAAGAGCCGAUAUGGUCCUGGCAGCCUCAAGAGCUUCCAGUGCCCCUCACAAUGCUCGAGAAGAUGCAGCAAGACACAGUACCACAAGCCCUGCAUGUUCUUCUGUCAAAAGUGCUGCAGAAAGUGCCUUUGUGUGCCCCCGGGCUUUUAUGGAAACAAAGCGGUUUGCCCUUGCUACAACAACUGGAAGACCAAGGAAGGAGGCCCCAAGUGCCCUUGAAUCAAUCAUCAUCAUCAUCAUCAUCAUAACUACUAUUAUAUAUCAACAUAUAUAUUUAUAGUUUUAAUUGUUGCACUAGGCACUAGCUACUUCUGAUUAACUAAUGAGACAUCUGUAUUUCGUUUUUACGACGUGUUUGCUGUUCGGCCAGUAGUACUGUAAGCUGUACUAGGAGUAUGCCACUCCAUUAAGGCGGAGGAGGGAUUGUCUUAAAUGUGAGUUGGCUGCAGUGCAGCCUAUUCUAUUUAUGAAUCCUGAAUUAUGAGAACCCCCCAUUCUGCCAACAUCUGUAACCAAACAUUGCGGUCGAAUUUAGUGAGCUGCAAGUGCGACGUCCUUCCUAAAUUAUCAACUCUACUGCUUCGGACA